AUGUCAGGGCCAGAUGUGGAGAGCAGGGGAGGCAAAAACAGAGGAAGCAAACACGAUGUGAUCGAGGACAGGGAGACUCAUUGGACUUCAUGGUUGAUCCCGAUGAUCGUUGUGGCCAACGUUGCCAUGUUUGUUGUUGUUAUGUACGUCAACAAUUGUCCCAAACACAAUUUGGGUGUUGAAGGCAAGUGCGAGGCAAGGUUUCUUGGGAGGUUUUCGUUUGAGCCUCUAAAAGAGAAUCCUCUGUUUGGUCCUUCCUCGUCCACUUUGGAGAAAUUGGGAGCUCUUCAGUGGAACAAAGUGGUGCAUAAGCAUCAAGAAUGGAGGCUUAUUACUUGUAUCUGGUUACACGCUGGUAUUAUUCAUCUGAUCGUAAAUAUGCUGAGCCUCGUUUUUAUUGGCGUCCGCCUUGAACAGCAAUUUGGUUUUGUGCGGAUUGGAAUUAUAUACUUGUUAUCGGGAUUUGGUGGGAGCAUACUUUCCUCUUUAUUUGUCCGAAAUAGCAUCUCUGUUGGUGCUUCUGGUGCUCUUUUUGGGCUUCUUGGAGCAAUGCUUUCAGAGCUUCUUACAAACUGGACUAUUUAUACCAAUAAGGCUGCGGCACUGAUAACAUUUUUGAUCAUUGUUGCUAUCAACAUAGCUGUUGGGAUCCUGCCACAUGUUGAUAAUUUUGCCCAUAUUGGUGGAUUCUUGACGGGAUUUCUCCUUGGCUUUAUCUUGCUAGCUCGUCCCCAGUUUGGGUGGAUGGUGGGUCGGAAUCAGCCAGCUGAUGUUAGAGUCAAAUCCAAAUACAAGGCUUACCAGUAUGUGUUGUGGUUGGUUUCUCUGAUUCUGGUGGUUGCAGGGUCUGGGAGUGAGCAAUUCAACGAGAUGGGGAGUCACAAAGCUGCAGUUAUAGUCACUGGAAUGUUGAUGUUCCUAUCAGGGUUUGCAUCCGCGUCAGCUGACGCUGUGGAUUGCACCACCGUGACGUCGCUCAUCUCUGCAUGUUCCACCUUCGUCACUUACGGUUCGCCAGACCCGAUUCCUGGAUCACCAUGCUGUGUCGCCGUGAUGAGCCUCAAUAACAUUGCCAACACCAUUGAGAAUAUCCGGUUCAUGUGUAGAUGCAUAAUGGGCCUCAUUACUACAUACAAUCCUAAUGCCACUGCCAUAGCCACUUUACCUGGCUUCUGUGGAGUUUCUCUAGGCUUUACCAUUGACCCCAACACUGACUGUGAUUAG